AUGUUCAAAGUGAGAGAGUUUGUGGACAAAUAUACAUGUCCGUUGAAGGAUAAGGUGUAUUCUUGUAAUCAAGCAAGUAGGAGGUUUAUACCAAGCAUUAUUAAACCAAAAAUAACAAAUUAUAAGAGGAAGUAUACACCAAAGGAUAUAGCAGAUGAUGUCAAAAAUGAAUUUGGUGUGGAUGUGAACUACAUGAAGGCAUAUCGUGCUAAAGAAAAGGCUAUGACUAAGUUGAGGGGAGAGCCAGCAGAUUCAUACAAGAAGUUACCUGCAUAUGUAUAUAUUUUGGAUAAAACGUACCCAGGCUCUCACGGCAGCCACCUCAAACAAGAAUACAAUGGUACAUUUGUUUCGGCAAGCACAUUGGAUGGUGCAGGUAAUAUAUUGCCUUUAGCAUAUGGCGUGAUAGAUUCAGAAAAUGAUAAGUCUUGGUCAUGGUUCUUUCAACGAUUCAAGGAAGCGUAUGGGGUAAGGGAUAACGUGUGUAUUGUUGAUAGACAUGAAAGCAUUAUCAAGGCUAUAUGUAGAAUUUAUCCUAAUGUCCCGCAUUUAGCAUGCAUAUGGCAUCUUUGGAAGAAUGUAUACAAUAGAUAUAGGAAGAGUCAUGAAGUGUUGAGUGGGGUGUACUAUAAAUUGGCAAAAGCAUACACGCAGAAUGAUUUUGAUAUGCUAAUAGAAAAGGUUGAGAAAAAGGAUAUUCGUGUGAAGGAGUACUUGGAGUUAGCUGGAAGAGAAAAGUGGGCUAGGCUCUACUGUCCAGUUAAUCGAGCAUGGACAUUGACAUCAAAUAUUGUUGAGGCCAUCAUUGUGGCAGUUGUAAUUCCAUCAACCGAAUACUUGCAGACGGUUAUUGAUGAAGGGAAGCGUUUCAUUGUUUGUAUUGAAAAUAAAACUUGCAGUUGCAAAAUGUUCCAAAUGGAUGAGAUACCCUGCCCCCAUGCUUGGGAUGUUCUUAAGAAAAAGAAUCUCACUGCCGACAACUUCUUCUCAAAUUUGUACAAGCCAGAAACUGUGAUGAAGACUUAUGAUGUCCCGAUUUAUCCUUCACCGGAUGAGAGUGAGUGGAAUGUGCCUGUACACGUUUCAGAAGAGGUGGUUUUCCCACCAAGGAACAAGAGACCUCCCUGA